AUGGCUUCAAAGGGACAAGGCAAUAAAACAGUCCUCAUUACUGGAUGCACAACUGGCUCGAUCGGACACGCGCUGUCAUUGGAGUUCCAACGGCAAGGCUUCAACGUCAUCGCGACCUCGCGCAAUCUAGCGACCAUGCAGGACCUCGUUCAACACAAGCUGAUCGAGGCUGUUCGGCUUGAUGUCUGUAGCGAAGUCAGCAUAGCCGCUGCUGUGAAGGAAGUCGCGCAACUCACCGGCGGAAGGCUUGAUUAUCUUGUCAACAAUGCCGGAGGAGAUGCUUCCCCAGCACCUGCUACCGAGGUUGACAUCGAGCGUGCCAAGCAAAUAUUUGACCUGAAUUUCUGGGGCGCCGUAUGCGUGAUCAAAGCGUUCACUCCGCUACUCAUCCGGAGUCGUUCUGGAGGUCGCAUCAUCAAUAUAAGCAGUGCCGCAGGCACUCUGCCUAUCCCGUACCUCAGCAUGUACGGCGCCUCGAAGGCGGCGCUCAAUCACUAUAGUGACGUCCUGAGGGCUGAACUCGUCCCGUUCAAUAUAUCGGUCACAAUUGUCGUGACGGGUGCCAUCGCCAAUUCAAAGAACAAAGGACAAGGGGAGGACUUCGUACUUCGAAUUGAGCCCGACUCUCUCUACGCCUGGGCGUCGCAAAUACAUGCUCGCGCACAUGCGAAGAGCGUCGAAACCCGGAUGACAGCGCAAGAGUACGCUCGCCAACUCGUUCACCAUGCUACCCAGCGCAGGCCGAAGAAAUGCCUGUACAUUGGCCACCAGACGUUCUUUGCGUGGCUGAUGGAGGCCUACUUUCCCCGCUGGUUGACUCUAUCUAUUAUGAUCAAACUAUGGGGACUGGGCCCAGUCGCGACUCAGCACGACAGUUGA